UGUAAAAACAACUUCGACAGGAUAAAGUGCGGCAAACACAAAGCAGACAUCUGAUGUCACGAUAUAGAAAAUCCCGCCCUAUAAUGAAAGCGAAGGAAGUGUUCUUACGUAUCAGUCUUCAUUCAGUCUAAGACGAUGUAUCAAGUAUAUGUAGAGGUUCAUAGAUAUCAACUUGAUACUUCAAAGUGAUAUCUAACAAUGAAGACGGUGAUAGUAAUACGAAUGAUUUUCGUGACGUCCUUCCUCGCCCUUCAAUGCUGUCACAAUAACAGCGAAGCCACGUCAUUCGAAAUUGAGCGAGGUGAACUUGAUACGUUUAAGAAUAUAAAAUGUACAGAACAGGGCAACUGCAAAGAAAGACAAUGUGAAAUACAUGGCGCCAACUGCGUAAAAAGUAAAAAUUGCACACGAUGUCAAUGUGAACACGGUAGAGGAACGUUUCUUUCAACUAACGGCGACAACACUUACAACUGUACCAAAGAUCAAGAUAUAAUCCCAGAAUCUGCUCUAAGAAACAAACGAUUCCCACUCAUGAAGCGAGUUGGGGAAAACGAACAAGAAAUGUGCGUUGAAUCUGAAGGAGAAAGCAAGCCACUAGCAGGGAAACCAUGUUCUUCAGCAAUGUCACAACAAUGGGUAUCGUUAAAUAGAACUAAAGAAACUGUGUCUCUCAUGAAUGUUAAAACUUUACAAUGCAUGCAUUUCAUUCCUGAUUGUGAAAAAGAACAUGGAACAAUUACUUCAGGACAAUGCAAAAACAAUAGUGGCUACGAACAAGAAGUUAUGAACGAAAACGAAAACGAAGACGAAACGAACGUACUCAGAGUUUUUGCUAGAUAUUGCAGGAAAAAAAUUAAUGUGUUCAUGAAAAAACAGCCCCAUAGUCAAAAACGUUAUUCGAUAAUCUAUUCUCAAGAUGAAGAUGAAAAUGAACCUAUAACUUGGCAUUACAAAAAUAACUCUAAGACAAUAAUCAAAUACAAAGGAUGCUACCGUUUUUUUAACUCAACAUUCAUGUAUUCUCUUGUGGGAAAGUCGUCCAAUGGCAUGCAAGAGCAAGCAUUCUAUGCUCCGCUGUUUCAAGGAAACGCCACAUGCCGAGUAAACUGGUCCGAAUCGAAGCAGCUUAAUGAAACAAAAUGGAGGAAAUUAACGACACCCAACGACGAUAAAUUGAUUUACGUGGAAAAUAAUACAAGUGAAAAUUUAAAAAUUUUAAAGGUGCAAAAUAGCGCAUUACCAAAGUACCAGGGUUAUUUGAUGAAACUAGUAGUUACCUGUGAAAGCGAAACAACCAAAGAAAAUCUUGAAAGUGAAUCUCAUUGUUUGCUCUUAAAGUUUCCAACAAUACUAAAAGAGACAACAUCAACAACCUCGAACAACAACGUCGUCACAGACCACGUCCAGAUGACCACAUCACCCGUCCAGAUGACCACAUCACCCGUCCAGAUGACCACAUCACCCGUCCAGAUGACCACAUCACCCGUCCAGAUGACCACAUCACCCGUCCAGAUGACCACAUCACCCGUCCAGAUGACCACAUCACCCGUCCAGAUGACCACAUCACCCGUCCAGAUGACCACAUCACCCGUCCAGAUGACCACAUCACCCGUCCAGAUGACCACAUCGCCCGUCCAGAUGACCACAUCACCCGUCCAGAUGACCACAUCACCAACAUCAAGUAGCAACCACACACGUCAACCCCACGAAGAACGUGAAGGAGGCUCAUCUCAGGCAAUUGUUAUAGCAGUUUCUGUAUCAAUCGCAACCAUUGUCCUUAUGUUCGUCUUGUUUUAUUUUGUGUGGUAUCGAAAACAUAAAAGAAAUAAGAAAUCGCCUCAUGAAGAAGGCCAUCUCAUUAACCCAACGUACCAAUCACAAACAGAACCAGAGUAUGUAGAUCCAUUACAAGUGAUCAAUGAUACAGGAAUAAACACCGAGAACGAUCAAGAUUCGUCAGCAAAAUAUGAAUACAUUGAUCAUCUUAAAUUGGCAAAUUUGAAGUCAAAAAAGCCAGAACCGAAGUACGAGUGCGUUGAUAACACUGAAAUGCCUCAAGCACCAGAUGUUUCAAAGAUACGAGAACUGAAAUAUGACUAUGCUACAGAUGAAAUACCGCGGCUCAACUUAAAACCUACAGCACCAGAUGUUCCAACAGAACAAGAAUUGAAAUAUGAUUAUGCUACGGAUGAAAUACCGCGGCUCAACUUAACAAAACCUGGAGCACCAUUUUCUUCAAAAGAACAAGAGCCUAAUUAUGACUAUGCCAAUAGUACUCCGACGGUCAAGCUAAACAGUCAGACACCCUCAUCUACCCUUAACAGUCCUUCAAAAGAGCCUGCCUACCAUACAUUGGAGGAACCCAAUCCUUCACCAUACUAUUCGACGAUAGAAAAUGAUGAUGAUAAAGCUCGGAACACUCUACUAUCGUAUGAGCAAACUUUUCUUUAUUUGUCUUAUUUCUUCAUCUGUCUAAAAUUUAACUCACAGAUGUAAAAAGCUGUAGCUACUUGACUUAAUCGAACUAUUUUCUAGCUUAUCAUGUAAUGUAGAGCAAAUACAACAUAAUGCAAUGAAUAGAACCCUCACUCGGUGGCUGGAAAAAUACCUAAUACUGCUAGUGCAUCAAUGCCUUCACAAAUCAGCCAUUGUUACGAUUAGCUUAUAACAACUCAGUUGUUGACAUAUGCUGUCAACAUGUUCAAUGCAGACCUCACAGAUUAAAUGGAAGUAAACUUGCACUAAGGUAGCAACAGUAUGAGCUGACAGCACUAAAACAGCAUGUCAUGAAGUUCAUUCUCUGCUGAAUUUUUGUCAUCUUUCAACUAAAAUGUUUAUUACAACUUAUUCAACUUUUUC